AUGCGGAUCCAUAACGACACUUGCGCCGCCACUACUGAGUUCGACAGCGUGAUGAGGAAUUACGAAGGCCUGGCUCGGUUGGUGACCCAGCUGGGCUCUACUCCGCCCGAGAUUGCAGCGGAGGUCACUCCUCUGGAGAAAGCCGUCAAUCAGCGUUUACGAGUCCUCGUGGAGUUACAGCGUGAAGUGGCAGCGUUGCAGUCAAGUGAGUUGCAACAGACCCUCUCCCCCGCGUUGAUCGUCCCUCUGCACCGUCCUCACUGCUAG